CGUGCGGCGCCGCCGUUUCAAGCUAAGGUGACCUAACGGAUGGCGGGCGCGGGGCGCGGCCAUUGGUGACGCACGCCGGGGAGCGCGGCGCCCACGUUGCCACCCCGCGCUCCGAGUUCGGGGCUGCAGGCGGCCGCGCUUCCUCGUCGCGGAGGCGGGCCCGACCCCGCCCCCGCGCCCCGGGUCGCUCCCGCGGUCCCUCCCACCUCGUCCCCGCCGCCUCCCGGCGCGCCGCACUCCCGGCGCCCGCAGCCGCUCGCUCUCCCGUGCCGGCCCCCCAGGCAUGGCCCAGGGCUUCCCCUCGCCAUGGCAGCAGCUCGGCACAGCACGCUCGACUUCAUGCUCGGCGCCAAAGCUGACGGUGAGACCAUUCUGAAAGGCCUGCAGUCCAUUUUCCAGGAGCAGGGCAUGACCGAGUCAGUGCAUACCUGGCAAGACCACGGCUACUUGGCGACAUACAUCAGCAAAAAUGGCAGCUUUGCUAACUUGAGAAUUUACCCACAUGGAUUGGUGUUACUGGAUCUUCAGAGCUACGACGGUGAUGGACGCGUGAAAGAAGAAAUUGACGGCCUUUUGAACAAAGUCGAAGAAAGAAUGAGAGAACUGAGUCAGGACUGUACUGAACGGGUGAAGAGGUUGCCACCCAUAGUUCGAGGAGGUGCCAUCGACAGAUACUGGCCCACCGCUGAUGGCCGCCUGGUUGAGUAUGACAUAGAUGAAGUGGUGUAUGAUGAAGACUCACCUUAUCAGAACAUUAAAAUUCUGCACUCUAAGCAGUUUGGGAAUAUCCUCAUCCUUAGUGGGGAUGUUAAUUUGGCAGAGAGUGAUUUGGCAUACACCCGAGCCAUCAUGGGCAGUGGCAAAGAGGAUUACACUGGCAAAGAUGUCCUGAUCCUGGGAGGCGGAGACGGGGGCAUUUUAUGUGAAAUAGUCAAACUGAAACCAAAGAUGGUCACUAUGGUAGAGAUUGACCAAAUGGUGAUUGAUGGAUGUAAGAAGUUCAUGCGAAAAACGUGUGGUGAUGUCUUAGACAAUCUUAAAGGAGACUGCUAUCAGGUUCUCAUAGAAGACUGCAUUCCAGUACUGAAGAGGUACGCCAAAGAAGGGAGGGAGUUUGACUACGUGAUCAACGACUUGACGGCUGUUCCCAUCUCCACGGCUCCCGAGGAAGAUUCCACAUGGGAAUUUCUGAGACUGAUUCUUGACCUCUCCAUGAAAGUACUGAAACAAGACGGGAAAUAUUUUACACAGGGCAACUGCGUCAAUUUGACGGAAGCCCUGUCACUCUAUGAAGAACAGCUCGGGCGCCUGUAUUGUCCUGUGGAAUUCUCAAAGGAAAUCGUCUGUGUCCCUUCAUACUUGGAAUUGUGGGUAUUUUACACUGUCUGGAAGAAAGCUAAACUUUGAAGAGCUUGACCCUCAGCACAUGUGCUGCAAAUAGCCUUCCUGACCUUCCUAUGCUGUACAUGCCAUCAAAACGAGUCAGGCAAUUGAUGGUGAAUUCCUUCAAGUUUUUUUUUUAAUUAUUCUUAAUUAAAAAAAAACACAUGGAAAAUGUCUAUUUUGAUGAGCUAGGGUGUUGUUUCUCGAACGUCAGCUGAAGGAUGCCUAGGCAGCGCCGCAAGAGCCGCUCAUGCACUGAACCCCUAGAAUGUGAUUUUUGUUACUUUUGUUCUGUGUGGGUUUUUUUUUCUCUCUCUCUCUUUUUGUUUGUUUUGAUAGACUUCAAAUUUGGUUGUUCGGAGGAAUGAACAUCAUUGUUUUUAUUCUGGAGGAAAAUUCUUGAUGGUGUUUCUCCCCCCCACCUCCCCCAGCUCUCCCUACCACCCCCCACCCCCGCCCAAAUUGACUUAGAUGUUAAAAUUUGGUGCUUUUAAGAAAGAUUUUAAAAAAUGAAUAGCAGUGCUUCAAUUAAAAUUACAA